AACUUGUGGCUAAGAUGUUUCAUAGCCAAAAAAGCAAGUUGCAAUGCAUGGGCACGCACCAAACCAACAGAGUCACACGCCCACCACAACCACCAAAUGGCUAGCACACAACUUUCCGACCAAGUUUUCAGGCCAAUCCCUGCCGUGUGCGUCAGUUUGCGGCGACUGAGCACCACCAAACCGAAUAAACUACCAUGCCACCCACGUCCCAAAGCCUUGAAACACAAACACUUGGGGCUUCAAACAGCGCAGAAGUACUACUCAAAGUGGGCUGUUAGACUUAGCUUAGUAGACCAAAGCCCGGCAAAAUCAACCGUCGACAUGGAACGGGAUCCAAUCACCAAGCAUGACUCUAUAACUGGCUACUUGUUGAACAUUGCCUUCUUGAAGACAGUCUUCACUCCCAAGUUCCAGUUGCAUUGGGUCAAACAGUCAGGACCAUAUGAAAUCACUACAAGGUGGACUAUGGUUAUGAAAUUCAUCCCUCUGCCUUGGAAACCAGAAUUGAUCUUCACUGGUACUUCUGUUAUGGGAAUCAACCCUGAAACCGGGAAGUUCUGCAGCCAUGUGGACUUCUGGGAUUCCAUAAGGAAGAAUGACUAUUUUUCUGUAGAAGGUUUGUUAGAUGUAUUCAAGCAGCUGAGGAUUUACAAAACUCCAGACUUGGAAACACCAAAAUAUGAGAUACUAAAGAGAACAGCAAAUUAUGAGGUAAGAAAGUACUCCCCUUUUAUAGUGGUAGAAGGAAGUGUAGACAAGCUGUCUGGAUCAGCUGGUUUCAAUGAUGUUACUGGGUACAUCUUCGGAAAGAACUCGAAAAUGGAGAAGAUACCAAUGACAACUCCAGUGUUCACAGAGGCAUCUGAUGCUGAAUUUUCCAAAGUAUCCAUCAAAGUAUGUCUUCCACUAGACAAGGAUUUAAGCAGUUUACCAGAUCCUAAUGCAGAAACAAUUAGCUUGAAAAAAAUGGAAGAAGGCAUUGCUGCUGUUACCAAGUUCAGUGGGAAGCCUACCGAAGAUGUUGUUCGUGAAAAGGAGAAAUUGCUGCGUGCUAGUCUUAUUAGAGAUGGUCUCAAACCUAAGGCCGGUUGUAUGCUUGCUCGUUACAAUGACCCCGGCCGAACUUGGAGCUUUAUACUGAGAAAUGAAGUGCUGAUAUGGCUGGAGGAAUUCACAUUGGAGUAGCAUGUUCAACAUUGCCUAUUGUUCAACUAACUUUCCUCUUGUGUCAUUUUUCUCCAACGCAAAGUUACUACUAAGAUCAUAGCUCAUAUCAGCCAUAGAUUGAGUUGAAGAACAGCUUAGCAUGUGGAGUCAGCUGACAAGAGGGACAGAUCAGGGACAGUGAUAGAGAGUUGUACCCUUUAUAUCCAUGUGAACAACUGGUCAUCAACCUCGUCGAUGGUCCCUCCUCUAAAUUGCCUGCCCUAUUGUACAACAAUACUAGCUAGUUCACUUUUAUACCAGUCAAAUAUAAUAUAAGCUUCUGGCUUUGUUCUUGACGGCUCCUUAACUGUAAUGGGCGGCGCAAUUUUAUUGUAUUUCAAUACUCUUCUUGAAUCUCACUUCUCAUAUUUAAGAGAGUUUCUAUUGGACCUCUUAAUCUACUCA